AGACCCAUAAAGUAGGACAAAACAGAACGGCUGCCGUCAAGAACCGUAGAAGAAGAAAAAUAAGAACAGACAGACUACAGCAAGACUCGAGUACAAGGAAAAGAAAACUAAACCUUACAUCGGAUGUCACCUUAAACGGCAUAUUUUUUUCUAUCAACUACGUUUUGGACAGGUUUGAAAAAGUAAUUCUACACUCCCAAUAGCUUAUAUAGGGCAGAUGGCAUCGUAAUACGCUGACGCCACGAUAGUCAACACAACAGUUAGCGUCAUGUAGCUAACAGCGCGAGGGUCUGACACAGUAAUAUAAACCCCGGAGAACUGCUAAUGUUAUACUUUUAGUCGUAAAAUGUUGGUUAGAGUUCUUAACAGUGUGAGCUUUCAACAUUAGUCAGCCUAUGUGUCCCAAAAUGGGAGUGUUGACAAAGUUGAGUUUGUGCAUAAUAGCUCUGUCACAGGAAGAAAACCACAUCCUCUGUAACCGCGUUUAGAAUAAAGACACCGAGACAUGUUCAGACCUAUUUCUUGAUUUAGUUUUGAUUUAUUUAUGUACAGUAAUAAUGCUAAAAAUGGUUAAAAGACUGUCAUGAACGUGUUCGAGGGGGACGGGCCCGUGCGUCAAGCCCAGCUGACGUAAUAUAAAAACAAUCACGCUCUCUCGUGGGUCGAUGUCAGCUGUCUUACUUGUGUGAAGUCGUUUCCAAAACACAGUUUUCAUUAUCGAUAUAUCGAUAAGGCAAUCAAACUGUUAGAAAUAUGUUACAACAUAUGAGGAGAAUCAGAUGUCUCUGAUUUUCAAGGCCUGAAUCAUGUAAAAUGAGCUGAUCCAGGAGGUAGUAUUGACAAAAAAAUUAUUGUUCAUUGAAUAAAUUGUAAUGGAAUCAGAGUUGUUCAUGGUUGAACAAUCCCACAAACCCUGAGAGUAAAGCAUACAAAUGUUAAACUUGCCAGAGGUCUGCACAGAUUUUAACCUUAAACUCUCUGUUUUUCCAGAGCAGGCAAGCAUGAACAGUUUCAGCAGGCCCAACCGACACAGGAGGCAACCAUUCUCCAGGGCAACACACCUCGGAGAAUCCAAGUUGGACCUGGAGAGGGAUUCAGGCUUCUCAGGUUCGAGUCAAUUACAUUGCUUCAUAGUUACUCACUAUUCAGUUUUGUGUUAGGUUUCUUUCAUUCUCUUCCUGAGUAUGCUUUUACAUUGUCAAAAGAAAACACCAUCAAGCUGUGGACAAGUUCAACCCUUAUCAAAUCUAGAGAACUAGGUCACAUUAUUUUGUGUCAUCAAUGUUUAUUAUCUAUUGGGUCAAAAGAUAAUAUCAUGGUCAUGACUUUUGUAUGUAUGAUGAGCUCUGACCUGGAUUUGGUUAAGUCCUCCUUAUCAGGCUGAUGGUAUCCUUUUUCAAGGCCCUCUGGAGAGGCCUAUGUGUGUCUUUCUCUGUUUCCAUGGCUCUGGUCUGUUCUUUCACAGAAACAAUAGAAAAGUAAACAUGUAGCUUUUAGGCAUGAUUAAAUCCAUAUGCUUGUCCUCUCAUCCUCAGAUGCCAGCUCGGAGUAUCUCAGCACAGUUGAUCUUACUGACUCUGAGGAUGUAGGCAGGAAUGGAGCAAUAAUCAGCCAGGACCCAACUGGACCUCAGGUGGCUGUAAUGGGUGGCUCAUACCCUGGACUAUCUCCAAUGUUCAUCAUGAAUAACUUUGUCUUGAAGCAGGUAAAAACCACUUGCAUCUGUUGUUGCCAAGGACUGUUUCCAACUCCCAUGCUGUUAGUUUUCACAAAUUCUGCCUCUUUUUACAUUGUAAAAUCAGAUGGAAUAUUUGUUUGGCAAUAGCGCUCCUUUCUGACAGUUUGGUAGUUAUGACCAUUAUUAUUAAGAACAUGGAUUUACCUAUGGUGCUGCCUUUAAGUAAAUCUCUAUCGAUUACAAUUUACUGUUACUUUCAUACUCUUUGCUAUGUUUGUGCUUUUAUCUUAGAAAUACAAUUGUAACAUAUUUAAUGUUGUCUUUUUCUUUUCUAGCCAUCUGCCAUGGCUCCCACUGAAAAACAGUGGGGCUUUUCCUCUCCCAUGGAAGUAAUGCCACAGUCACAGGUUGUUCUUCUGCAGCCAAUGGUAUCAAAUGGCAGUGGCACCAGCAGUUCUCCAAAGACGGUUCCUGAAGUGAAAAAGCAAUCUAAAAGCUACAUGCCCAUCCUCAAAUCAUACCCCAAAAUCGCCCCACAACCUGCAGACACACCUACUAAGAAGGCAGGAUCCUCAAGGCUGAGGGUGUGUUCAUCGUCAGUAUAUGAGCAGCGUCAGAGGAGGCAUCACCACAGCCACAGGCCAUACAGCUCCCCCAGCCCACAGCCAGCCCUGCAGAGUCCAAUCAAACCCAUCCCCUGCUUUGAGGCAGCAGACAACCAAUCACAGGCAGCUAAGAGUCAGGAGCAGCUCAUUGACAUGUCUCUCUCAGCGCUGGCAGGGAACAGCUCUCUGGCCCCAUACACGGCUGAUUUCAGGACUGAGAUGGACAUCGACGGGAUGCAGGAUGACAAAGACCAGGACCCCUUCUCCGUGAACAGCGACAAACUGAAACGCUUCAGCAAUACCUACAACAUCCUCAACAAAUCUGGGCUGCUCGGUAUCACCAUGCGCACAAAGCAGCUGAUCAAGGAUAAUAAGCGCACCCAGGGGCAACUGCAGCAGCUUCAGGAGCAAACGGCUCUGCUGCUGGAGGCUCUGAGCAGUGGAGACCCACAGCUUUGGACUAAACUGCAGCUCUCUCUGCAGCACACAGACAAGGAGCAAUGGGCAGCCAAAGCUCAGAGAGUUCUGGUGUAAUGUAACGACCGACAUGACCAGCAGUUCUAAAGAGGUCACAGGACGAAUGAUUUAAGGUAAAAACAUAUCUCAGAUAUUUCAAAUAAAAGCUUUCCUUGCCUAGAAUUAUCCUUAAAGCAUUAUAAUUUUUAUAACUUUUUAUUUAUAACUUAACUGAACUUGACCCUUUUGUAUUUCUGUCUGACGAAAUUUGGAGAAAGUUUGAGAAAACAUUUCGAACUGCUGGUCUGAAUUAAAGCCGAAGCACACCUAUUAUCACCAAGUGGAGGUUUAAAAGCAUGCUAACACUUCAAACCCUUGCCUUUAAAACAAUUUCUUGUCUGUCCUGCUUCAAAGUAGCAAGUACGACUUGCUAUAGGGCUAUGGCUUCUAUAUAAUGGACUCCUAAUUGCAUAAAACGCAUGCCUUACAGCACAUGUAAGGGAAACAUGGGGUCAGUACUUUAUACAUGCCUUGACUAUUACUGAUGUAGAGAUGACAAGAAGAAUAUCAACUUUUUAACCAAGAUAACCAAGUGGCUACAUUUCUCCUACAAGUAUCAUUUAUAAGCUGGCCGCUGUCUUGCUCUUUUUUUAUGGUUUAUUUGUUUUUAAUCUGUCGGCCAAUGAAACUUUGUUAGCUGAUGUGUCAUGUAAGUAUGUUUCUGGCAGCUUGUAUUUUUAAAAAGAAUUUCAAUUUAGCCUGAAGGUUAAGCAGUCAAGUCGUUUUGAUAUUGCGAGUCAUUUGGUCUGAGUAUUAUUUAUUUGUUUUUUGUUUUUUGUUUCUGAUCCAGACUAAAGCCAUGUGAUUAAUGUACACAGACUGAGCACAUGAUGACGGUGAAAAGCAAACUCCUUUUGGGAAAACAGUCCGGUCAACAACCAAUAGGCGUUUGUUCAUGUUUAAACUGUAGCAGGUGAAGUGCCAUACAUUUCACAAAUAUUACUCUUUCUUUGCACUUAGUUUGUCGCUGCCAUGUUCAUUCCUGCUUGAGCGUAGUAUUAAGUGUCUAUCAAAACUUCUCGACUAUGAAAUGACAGCUAAAUGAUUUCUUUUUGCUUUUUUGACUCUCGCACCUAAGUUAUAAAAUGACUGACAACAUUUUUAGACAAAUGUUAUUUUGUCUUCUCAAAUGAGCAUUCUGUUUUGUUUUUAGAAAUAAUGUGAAUUUCAGUGCUUAUCUGGAUGCCUGUGCCUUUUGGAAAAUGUCAAUGUUUGUAUUUUAUAUCAGUAUUGAGCAGCUUAGUUUGUGAGCUUCAUGUGGAGGAAAGUUGAAUGUCCUUAAAUUUAUCCAAAGAAUUAAUAUUCUUACCUGAUAUGAGAAUUGAUCUGGCUAGCAGCUGCAGUAUGGAGUAGUAAGUAAGUAAGUAAACUUUAUUUAUACAGCGCCUUUCACAGACCAAGGUCACAAAGCGCUUUACAGUAAAAGCAAAAAGCAAAAACAAUACACAGUUAAUAAAUACAUACAAAGCUAAAAAUUUAAAAGGCCGAAAACAACACUAUAGCAACCAUAGCAGCCCCAAGACAGUUAGGGAAAAGCCUGAAAUGGAGCAUAGCAUGAGUACAACUUAAGCCAUUAAUGAGUUAGUUUCAAAUGUUAGGUUUAAGGUUAAGUUCCACUAUUUAUUUUUGCAACAGUACUGUGCAGUACACUCUUGCAACAUUUUACAAAUUGGCAAAGUUGAGAAAGAGUCCAAUCAGUCUAGCUCAUCAGGGCAAAAGAAGAAUAAUGAAACUUUAUUAAGAUUACUUUCCAGAGAUUGCUUUUUUCUUGUUAAUGUGAAAUGUGCUUUGUAUUGUUUCUUUAGCAGCAGUCACUUUGACUAAUGAUGAACUGUCAUAAAAACUUUGAACAUCA